UGCUAGACCAAGACUCCGACGAGUCCUCUUUUACCAUGGUUUCCUUCUCAACCAUGUUUUAGACAUUCAAGAUACAAAACAAUAAUGAGUGAAACAGCAGCACUGCAGACAGAGGGAAAUACUCUUCUGAAGGCUGUAUGGCAGGGCAAACAUAGGCUCACAAGGCUUCUUCUAGAAGGUGGGGCAUAUAUCAAUGAAGGCAAUGAAAGAGGAGAAACACCACUGAUGGUUGCCUGCUUGGCUAGUUACAAUGAUCCCCAGAGCAAAUGCAAGCUUAUAAAGUAUCUGCUGGAAAAUGGAGCUGAUCCCAAUAUCCCAGACAAAAUGGGGAGGACUGCUUUGAUGCAUGCUUGUCUCAGUCAGGCAGGUGUCGAUACCGUAACAGUCCUGUUAGAACAUGGAUCAGACCCAAGCAUGAAGGACUAUUCAGGAUCAUCAGCUCUGGUUCAUGCUAUCAACAAGGGAGAUCGCAAAACUCUUCAGGUCUUACUCGAUGCAUGUAAAGCCAAGGGGAAAGAGGUGAUUAUUAUUACCACGGACACAUCACCUUCAGGGACAAAGAAGACUAAGCAGUAUCUCAACUCUCCUCCUUCUCCAGGAAUAGAUGAAAAACCUUCCCCAGGAUUUUGCAUGUCUCCAUCAGAUAUAGAAAUAAAAACAUCUCCAUCACCUGGAGCUGACAAAGAGGAAGCAAAGGAUGUCUUUAAUUUUAAUGUUUCAACAACACGCUCUGGUUCUUCCACAUUUAAAUCAAACCUGGAGCCAUCCUCAGACCAGCCAACAAAUCCUAUGAAAAGACUUGGGAACAAGAAACAACUAAAGAGACUCAAUUCAGAACCAUGGGGUCUGGUGGCACCAUCUGUUCUAAGUGCAUCUCAUCUUCCAGCACCUCCAGAGAAACCAGAGGCAGAAGAGCCAGAAGAGAAGCUCACAUCUGAACUCAAUGGUUUAACCAUUUCCAAAAGACCUUUGCUUUCCAGACGUCACAGCAUAGAAGGUCAAGACUCAUCCUUCUUCAAGAUGAUGCACCAGGGUUAUAGUGAGGAGCUCAGCCUUCUUGACUCAUCAUGGGAUGACAAAGUCAACUCAAGCAGUCUUCAUCAACCUUUAUCAAGACGCAACACUGCACCAGAGGCUCAAGAGAGCAUUAGCCACAAUCUGGCACCAAAUUUUGGAAAUAGCUUGCGUAACUCAGGCCAUCACAAGUUAACUCGUAUGGAUCACUAUGAGUCUGAUUCACACCUUUGUCCAGACUCCAUUCCAGGUUCUCCUGAUUCUGGGAGAUUAUCACUAGAAAGGAAGAAAUACAAUGCCUCACCUUUAACUCUCCCAAAUAGUAGUUCCAGAGAGUCUUUGGAGAGCAUUCCCAGUGCUGUAUCACCAAUAACCAUGCGACGAAGGGCACCUGGCCUUUUAGAAAGACGAGGAUCUGGAACACUCCUCCUGGAUCACAUCUCACACACCAGACCUGGAUUUUUGCCUCCACUAAAUGUGAAUCCUAAUCCUCCAAUCCCUGAUAUCCGAUCUAAUGGAAAGCCCACUUCUCCAGUCCUAGGGGGACACAAAGCCUUCAUCCCAGUUGCACCUAGUUCUCCCAAGCGUCUUGAUGCCAAAGCCAAAAAGAAACUUGUAAGAAGGCAUUCUAUGCAACCAGAGCAGCUAAAACAGCUGUCCCACUUUCAGAAUUCACUGGUUGAAGAUGAUUCCAUCCAUUGAGGAAUGCCAGCAUUUCACAUUUUUUCAAGAUCUGUCAAUCACUUUAGUGCAACUUUGCAUCAUAAUCAGAAUAAGGCAAUGCAUUUGAUAAAUGGAUUUCUUCUAGUAGCUGCAACAGUGGACCUAGAGGCUGCAAACACUGUUCUUUAUCAUAUAAGCUUAAGUAAGAAAUGUUACUGUAUUUAAUCUGUGCUGAGCAAGCUCUGUCACAGUGGUGAGGUCAAGUUAUCUUGGGACUUGAAUACUGUUUUACUCUUUCCUCUGGUAGUUUCUUUCUGCUCUAGCACAUUUUCAUUUUUUUCAAGACCAGGUGAUGAAAUGCAUUGUGAAGAGGUUUUGAGCUCUCUAGAGCACUCUUACUUAGCAGCUGUUUCAGUUUAAAUGAAUCUGUGUUCCAGCUGCAUUUUGCAACCAUCUGAAUAGCAGAUGUGCCAUAAAAAUCAACUUGAUGUAUAAUAUAUAGGGUCUUUUCCCUACAAGUUGUGGCUCAUAGAAUUGUUGGCUAGUAAGUGGAACUGUUACACAAAUGGUGCACAGUGACACCUAGUAGUGGACAUAGAUUUCCACCACAGCUGGUUCACAGCUAUGCCCAGUGGUAGUAGUGAAACUGUAAAAUGACUAAUACAUGUUGUUACUUGCUGAUAAAGGUGGAACUCUUUAACAUCUCAGUCACAGGAGUACUCAGUGGUAACAAUAGAGCAGCAGCAUAGCUGGUUUGUAGUGACAUCUAGUGGUAGUGAUAGAAAUACAGCAACACAAUAGCCAAGUGUGGCAGUGGCCCUGUCAUGCAGUUGGCUCAUUCCUACAUCCAGUGCUUUUGAUGAAUGUGAAAGAGCUAGCACACUGCCACCAUCAGUGGCAAUAGUGAAACAGCCACAAAGUUAGUGCACAGUGAUAGCUAUAGAAAUGGAGCUCUGACAGAGCUGGUACACUGUUAAGGGUGCAGGCGUCACAAGUGCUACAUUGGCGCCAACAGUAAUGGUAGUAUUUCAACACAGCCAGUACACUGCGAUAUUAAUCAUGGUAAUGGAAAUGCUAAACAGUAGGCAUGCCAUGAAAUGAUGCAAUGGCAGUGGAAAUUAUGUCAAAAAGCAUGCAGUGGUGUGCAUUUUCAGUUGUGCAGUAACAACACAGCUAGUGCACUGUAACACUGGAUGGGCUUUAUGGGAUUGAAACAUAGCUUAUAGGCAGCAAAAUUUCAUGGUAAAUCUGGGAGUGCAGCAGAAAUGAUACAUUGUGAUUGUUAGUUAUAAUGGCAGAAUAGGAACUCAGUUUGUGCAAUACAAUGUUUUGAAUGAAGGGUGAGAUUACAACACAACAGGUGCACUUUUAUAUACUGAAAAUGGUGGAACUACAACACAGCUCAGACACAGCAACAUUUAGUGUUUUAAAGCUAUAGUAGCUGGUCCAUAAAAGAGCUUGGUGAAAAUGGUAUAACUGAACUUACCUAAUACUCCAUGGCAGUCCAUGGGAAGGGAACAAAUGAUACAUACUUGACGUAGUUUGAUGUGCACUGGCAAACUUGCAAUGUCAGUAUUGUUUCUUGUUGCAAACCUUGCCUUGUAGGUCUAGGUAUGAUGUGUGCCAUCCCUUCUCACAGUGUGCUACGAAGCCAAGGGAGGAUGUUAGAGACAUUGACAUUUUCAACAGCUAUGACUCUGGCAUGUGUUGUUGUGAUGUACUGAUUUGGGUAACUUUGAACUGGAUGCUUGUCCACCUCUUCCCUUACCUGCACUUUUUCUCUCUCACUUUGUAUUUGGGCUUUCUGAGUGAAUGUACCCAAGCAGUAACCAAGUGAACAUUGUUGAAAAAAAAAACACUUUUUCUUCAAGGGAAGACUAACACUGGAAAACUGUAUAACUGAAAACAUUCAAGCUGGUUUUGCAUCAUCGGAAGCAUUACUUGGGAUGGUCUAAUGGUAUGUAGGAGCCUACAGGAACAGCUACAGUGCCCUAAAUUAGGUUGGCAUGAGGAAGUUCUAACCUGCAAGAUUGUCUUAGAAAUUUCCAAACAUCAUAGAAGUGAAGAAAUAGGAAGGGAAAAAAAGAUCAACACUAAAUUAAAAAAAUGAUACUGUACUGUAUGCAAAAAAGAUGAAUGUUAGAUGAUGCAAUUUCAUUCUGAAGAUACUUUAUUAUCAGACUGUAGACACUCUAAUAACCAUUAGAAAUCUAAAUCAAUACAGACACACACACACAC